AUGCCAACGAACUUCAUCUACUUUGCGGUAGAGGUAUGCUAUACAAAACUGUACCUGAACAGCUUCCUUGCUAUGAUGAACACGAGGGAGAAGCUGAGGUUGAGGAAUGGAGGAAGCCCACAUGCUCUCAACAAUCUAAGCUCGACCAUCGACACCAGCUCCUUCGGGCGACGCGGCAGUGCUUACCCAUUGCCGCCGUUUCGUAUAACUCGCGACGAGGUCAAAGACGACCCACAACCUUCGUCGUCUGCCGCAGAGAACGACGACGUGUACAAGAUCAUGCAGGUGAACUAA